CGGCGGGUUUUACUGGAGCGGAGGCGCAUUUCCUUUUCGUCCUCUUCGCUCGUGGGAAGGCGCAGCAGGUCAGAGGAGGAAGCCGUGAGCGUGACAAGUUGGCGAGAGAGGAGAUGGGGAAGGGCGGCGAGCUGUGGGACGACUCGGCGCUGGUGGACGCCUUCGACCACGCCGUCGCCACCUACAAGGCAAUGCAUGGCAAGAACAACCAAGGUGCUCCAUCCGAGAAACAAGAGUCAGAAGAUGUAGCUGCCGCUGCCGAUUCCGCUGCCGCCUACGCUGCCGCUGCUGUUGCAGAAGAACCUGUCUCUACUGAAGUGGCAGAUGAGCAAACAGAGAAAAAUGACAGCUGCACUAACUUACCCAUUGGUCCAGUGGAGACACCACAGCAGCCCUGUGAAGAAAGAAAGACCGAUAAGCAAGCUCCUCUUCGAGAAACAAAUCUGGGCAAAGAGACAAAUAUCUCUGAAUCUAAGACAUGCUUCUCAGAUGUCACCAAUACUGAGGGAAAGGAUAGCUCAAACCAGCAGACAGAGGACUAUAAUGAAUUACUCAGGAAGUACUAUGAACUUGAGGUGCAAAGCCAGAAAGUUCUUGAGCAAUUACAUCAGACAAAUUAUUGGAAUUAUCAAACCCCUGAACAAUCUUCAGCAUACCAACAGCAGCAAGUUCCUGCUUACAUUGUCACAGCACCAGACCCAAACUCUUCAACCACUCAAACCUCAUGCUGCUCCUUGAAUGCUCCCAUGGUUUCAAUCUCCUGCUGUUCAACUGGGCAACAAAGUGGCGAUUCCUCUGGUAUGCGACCUAAUGGAGGCUGCAGCAUAUCGUUCACUUGUGAUCAUUGCCCUGGAGCAAGCACCACAUAUCCUACUGGUGCAGCCUUCACGCAGCUACCAACUAAGGUAUCUAGUGGCGAUGAUCAAGUUGCUAAGGCUGCUAUGAUGACUGCUGAAGGUGCCAUGAAUUUCAUGAGAAAUACAAUAUCUGGAAGUGCUGCCUCCUUUCCAAACAUAGGAAAUGAAGGUGGAAUUUUAAAGGAGAAUAACACAACUUUGGGCAUGAACCUGAAUUUAGACACCACAGGAGCAGACAGUGAUCUUGCUGUCGUACUGAAUGCAUGGUAUACAGCAGGGUUUUACACUGGCAGGUACCUCAUGCAGCAAUCGAUGAAAAAUCCCCGAGAAAAUUGAGUGCCAAAAGCCAUAUAGAGGCUCACCAAGGAUCCCUUUCACUUCGGGAAGAACUGAAAUAUGCACUCAAAUUAUGAUGGAACUGAACAUGCUGAUGGAGUUCUGCAACCACUGUUUUAUGCCAGCCAGCACUUUUUCAAGCAAGUAUUAGGGUAUGCUUACAUAUGAAUUAUGAAUUUGCUGUGACUUGCAGUAAAUGCUUGUCUGGAUAGUUAAGGAUUGGCUCAACCCCUUCAGAUUGGCAGGAAUUGUUGCCUGUCUAUUCAACUAAGUUCCAAGUGGGUAAAGAUGACGUAUUCAUGACCGUGUCGCCCAAAUUUGUGAAAUUCAGUACUACCCAGUAUGAAUAUAUAUUAGCUGAAUCCACUUCUCCAAUGUAAUGAAAAUCGUAAUAUGUAAACUACUUUCUUCAGGUA